ACAUAAUGGAACCCUACAUAUAUACAUAUGAAUUGCAAAUUUAUUUGCUGCACCAUCUUGUUCUUUGAGUGAUGGAUUUGAGUAAGUAUCCAUUGGACAUCAUCUUGGUUCCCUUGAGCUUUUGCCUCACAGCUUGUUACCAUGGAUAUAUUUGGCAAAGCUCCAAAGCACAAAACACAACAACAAGUAUUGGGAUCACCAUGAAGAGGAGAGCAAGAUGGGUCCAAAGCAUUUUGCAGGAAAACAAGAAGAAAGACAUCCUCGGGGUGCAGAGCCUGCGGAACCUGCUCAUGUCGACGAUCCUAUCGGCCACCGUCGCCAUGCUCAUCAACACGGCCCUUGCUGCGCUGGCAAACAACACGUACAAUGCCUUCCGCCUCCACGGCGGGGGGAUCCUGGGGUUGCAGGGCGGCCCGAUGGUCGUCCUCAAGUACGCGUCGAUCUCGCUCCUCCUACUUAUCAGCUUCUUAUGCAGCUCCAUGGGUGUCGGGUUCAUCAUAGAGGGGAAUUUUCUAUUGAAUGCUCCAGCAGAUGCGGUAAUGUUUGAUGGGCAUGUGGAGAAGAUGAUAAAGAGGGGAUGGGUGUUGGCCACAGUAGGAAAUAGAGUGUUGUUUUCUACAUUUCCCUUUUUGUUGUGGUUGUAUGGGCCUGUUGCAUUGGCUGUGUCCUCUGUGGGUUUGAUCCUGGUUUUUUAUUGUUUUGAUUUUGAAUCUACAGGGCUCAAACAAGCCCAUAUUAUUAAACAUUAAGCUUUGAUUAAAAAGUUCCAAAAUGUUAAA